AUGAAGAUCGUCGCUGCCUCUCUCGCCCUUGUUGCCUCGGCUUCUGCCUUUGCCCCUUCCUCCAUGGACAGCCGCAACACUGCUCUUCAAAUGUCUUUGAAGAACGACCUUGCCAACGCCGGAAAGGUUGCCCUUGCCGGAGCCGCUGCUUUGACCGUCGCCACUGCUCCCGCCGCUGCUUUGACCAAGUCCGAAAUCAACUCCCUCACUUACUUGCAAGUUAAGGGAACCGGUCUUGCCAACAGAUGCGCUGAGGUCGUCGGAGAGGACACCAUCACCCCCAAGUCUGGACAAAAGCUCGUUGAUAUGUGCAUCGAGCCCAAGGCCUGGGCCGUCGAAGAAGAAAUCGGCAAGGGUGGAAAGACCGAGAAGAAGUUUGUCAACUCCAAGGUCAUGACCCGUCAGACUUACACUCUUGAGGCCAUUGAGGGACCACUCAAGGUUGAGGGAGGAAACAUUGUCUUUACCGAGAAGGAAGGUAUCGAUUACGCCGCCACCACCGUCCAAAUGCCCGGAGGUGAACGUGUUCCUUUCCUUUUCACUGUUAAGGAUCUUGUUGCCAAGGGAAACGGAGGCUCCUUCAAGCCUGGAUUCCAAAUGGGAGGUGACUUCACCACUCCUUCUUACCGCACAGGUCUCUUCCUUGACCCCAAGGGACGUGGAGGAACCACCGGAUACGAUAUGGCCGUCGCUCUUCCAGGUCUUCAAUCUGGAGAGGAGGGUGAUGAUGCCCUUUUCGGCGAGAACAACAAGACCUUCGAUGUCACCAAUGGACGUAUCGAAUUGGAGGUCAACAAGGUCAACGCCGAUGAAUCUGAAAUUGGAGGAGUCUUUGUUGCCACCCAACUCGGAGAUACCGAUAUGGGAUCCAAGGUUCCAAAGAAGGUUUUGACAAAGGGAAUCUUCUACGCCAAGGUCGAGUAA